ACCAUCUUCCUUGACACAUAGGUAGUGGUGAAACUAGUCCUGCCCUAGCACCGUUCCUUGUUCUAGGCGCGCGAAAGACCCACCACGACCAUGGACGGCGAGGCUAACCCGCUCGACCAGUAUGAGCCGGUCGAGGAUGAGGUCGUGGAGGAAGAGGAGGAGGGCGAGGACCUCAUGGAGAACAUGGAAAGGGAUUACCAGCCGCAGCCCCACCUUGAUAAUUACGACCCUGAAGGCUUGGACGAUGAGGAGGUUGAGGAUGGUGUUGAGGACGCGGUCGCGGCUCGGCUGGCUGCCGAGGAGGAGCUAAAUCGCCGUGACGCCCAGAAGAUGCGGCCUCGCCGCACCCUGCCCGACUUCAUGCUUGCUGAAGACGAUGACGAUCCCCGGGAGGAUUUUAACCGCCGCCGCAAGCGUCGCCAAUCCAUCGACGUUGCGCCUUCGGAAACCGCGGACAUUCCCCUAGACCUAGAUAUUGAGGAGGUCAAGGGCCGCCUGACGGAGUGGAUUGCGCAGGAGCAGGUGGCUGCGGAGAUCAAGCGCCGCUUCCGGCACUUCCUGCGCAACUACCCCAACGAUAACCCCAACGGCCAGCAGCAGCAGUCGGUCGGACGGCAACCGGAGCUUUACAUGGAUCGCAUCCGAGCCAUGUGCAAGGACAACAAGCGCUCCCUGGAGCUCGAGUACAGCCACUGGGCGGAGUUCCAGCCCACCCUCAGCAUCUGGGUGGCGGAUGCGCCCCGGCAGAUGCUCGAGUACCUGGACGAGGCGGCCACGGAGGUGGUUGAGAAGGUGUUUAGCGACCAGUUCUUCGACAUGUGGCGGGCGUACGGCGAGGAGUACCGGGUGCACGUGCGCCUCGUGGGGCUGCCCAUCAGCGACAGCCUGCGCGAUCUCCGCAACUACCACCUCAACUGCCUGGUCCGCGUGUCGGGUGUGGUCACCCGCCGCACGGGCGUGUUCCCGCAGCUGCGGCUCAUCAAGUACGACUGUGCGAAGUGCGGCCACGUGCUGGGGCCCUUUGCCAUGCACACGGAGACGGAGGUGCGGCCGCACAACUGCCCGGCUUGCAGCUCCAAGGGGCCCUUCAUGGUGAACAGCUCCGAGACCGUGUACCGGGACUAUCAGAAGCUGACGCUGCAGGAGAGCCCCGGCUCCGUGCCCGCGGGCCGCCUGCCGCGCCACAAGGAGGUCAUCCUCACGCACGAUCUGAUUGACUGCGCGCGGCCGGGAGAGGAGAUCGAGGUCACGGGUUUGUACGUGUACGGCUACGACGCCUCGCUCAACGUGAAGAACUCCUUCCCGGUGUUUUCGACCCACAUCGAGGCCAACUUUGUGUCCAAGCGGGAGGACAUCUACUCGCUGCAUGCACUCACGGACGAUGAUAAGGCCCGGGUGCUGGAGCUCAGUCGCGACCCGCGCAUCGGCGAGCGCAUCAUCAAGUCCAUCGCGCCCUCCAUCUACGGCCAUGAGUUCAUCAAGACCGCUCUCGCGCUCUCCCUCAUGGGUGGCGUGGAGAAGAGCCCCUCGCCCGCGCACCGCCUGCGUGGCGACAUCAACGUGCUCCUGCUGGGAGACCCCGGUGUCGCCAAGUCGCAGUUCCUCAAGUACAUUGAGAAGACGGCCCCGCGCGCGGUGUACACCACGGGCAAGGGCGCCAGUGCGGUCGGUCUGACGGCUGCCGUACAGCGGGAUCCGAUUACCAAGGAGUGGACGCUGGAGGGCGGGGCGCUGGUGCUGGCGGACAAGGGCGUGUGCCUGAUUGAUGAGUUUGACAAGAUGAACGAUCAGGACCGUGUUUCCAUCCACGAGGCGAUGGAGCAGCAGUCCAUCUCCAUCUCCAAGGCGGGUAUUGUCACGCAGCUGCAGGCCCGCUGCGCCGUCAUGGCUGCGGCCAACCCGAUUGGCGGCCGCUACGACCCCUCGCGCACCCUGGCGGAGAACGUGGAGCUGUCUGACCCCAUUCUGUCACGUUUUGACGUGCUGGCGGUGGUUCGUGACAUUGUGGACCCGGUCAACGAUGAGAAGCUCGCGCAGUUUGUUGUGGGCAACCACAUCGCCUCGCACCCCAUCAAGCAGCAGCGCGACCAGGAGGCGCGGGAGGCGGGGCUGGCGCCGCAGCAGCACGAGGAGGCGUCCAACCCGGUGGACCCCGACGUGCUGCCGCAGGAGCUGCUCCGAAAGUACGUCACCUACGCCAAGCAGCACUGCCGACCCACCCUGCAGCAGGCGGACUAUGACCGCAUCCUGCGCCUCUACGCGGCGCUGCGUCAGGAGGCGGCCGUCACACACGGCAUGCCCGUUGCGGUCCGCCACCUGGAGAGUGUGGUGCGCAUGUCGGAGGCGUCUGCGCGCAUGCACCUGCGGGAGUAUGUGGCGGACUACGACAUCAACGUGGCCAUCAAGAUGAUGGUUCGCUCCUUUAUCGGCAGCCAGAAGUUCACGGUGCAGCAGACCCUGGAGCGCAAGUUCUCUCGCUACCUCACGCUGCCCCAGGACUACCACGCGCUGCUCAUCAGUCUGCUGCGCCAGGCGCUGCGGGGGGUGCAGCGGGAGCAGGCGAUGCUGGGCGGGCAGGCGGACACGCAGCUCAAGAUCAGCGCAAGGGUUCUGGAGGACAAGGCCCGGGAGCACGAGAUCGCGGACCUCUCCUCGCUCUACUCGUCCAACAUGUUCCGCAACUGCGGCUUCACGUACGACCGCACCGCCAACGUCAUCACCUACACCUCCACUUGAGAGGCUGAAGCGGCUGGCGGGAGGGAGGGAGGGGGCUCGAGGUCUGGAUUGGGGUCCCGAUGGUUGCUGGUGGCGUAAUCCGGUAGCCAUGCGUGGGGGAUUCCACCGUGGGGCUCACCGUGCAGCCAUUUCGCAUGGCAGUGGGUGAUGUGGGGAUGACGAGGUCGGGCGAGAAUGGUCUAGGAGGGGAAAGGAGUCGCUGUACUCUUGAGGGCUUGGUGAGAAGGCAUCUUUCCUUCAGUAGGAUUUGUUGGGACAUGUGGGGGCGUAGGUGGCUUGCUUGGGCCGAAGCUGCGUUGGUUGGGCGUGUUGAUAGCAGAUUACAACUACAAGCUAUGUGCCGUGGUGUUGCCUGUUUAGGAUGCAGGGAUAGACAGAUGCUUGGUCGGAGGUCCCCUGGGGGUACGCUAGGCUCUUAGGAUUGCUAUAGGCAGAUUCCAGUAGCAUGCAGCAGUCGCUUCCCAGGCGGUGAAUGAUGAGAGGAGGCGGGGGCGAUGCCAGCGUACUUGGGUUAAAGAAACGCUACCGUAGUUAGCAAUGGUAGAACUCAGCAUGUGCAGCUGGGCCGUCCCUUGCGAGGUUCUCAGGUCCAGGAUUUGUGAGGAGGAUAGAUAGGUAGUCUUAAGGGUCUAGACAGAUGCAGCCGCUGCCUCGAACACAACGGUGUACUGCAGGACAUGGGUCGUCCUGUCCUAUCGCAGAGUUGACGCUCGGAAGGAGGUUACUGUGUUGGCGCCAUCGUGCCACACCGCCUCCAACAUCACAUGCUGCUGCAAGCAGUUUGUAAAGCAGGUGACACGUGGG